AUGUAUAAUAAUAAUAAUGGUGGGUUGGAUGGUGAAGAAGAUGAUUUAAGGCAAUAUCAUGAUGGUGAUGGUGGUAUUGGUAUUGGUGUAAAUAAUGAAGAAAUAAAGAAUGAACGUAAUUUUAUAGAUGAUGAAGAAUAUGAUGAUAAUAAUUUUAAUAAUGAUGAUGAAAUUAUAAAAAAAGAUAUCAACAACAAUAAUAAUAAUAAUAUCAAUAAUAAUGAAAUAAAUAAUUCAAAUGAAAUUGGUACUACUAGUAGUAAUAAUAAUAAUAAUAAAAAUAAUAAUAAUACAACUAUUGAUGAUGGUCAUUUAUCAACAUUAAAACAAUUUACAUUUAGAUCAGUAUUAGUUGGAUUAAUAAUUGGAGGUAUGUUAUGUUUUUCAAAUAUGUAUUAUGGUUUACAAUCUGGUUUCAUUACUAUGGGAUCAUUACAAUCAACAUUAUUAGGAUUUCUAUUUUUUAAAGUAUUUGCAAAACAUUUUCAAAUUAGAUUCAAUCAAUUUGAAAAUGUUUUAUUACAAACCGUUGCUGUUGCAACGGCAACAAUGCCAUUGGCAGGUGGUUUCGUUGGUAUCAUACCUGCUUUAAAAAUGUUAUAUGAUGAUGAAAUUAAUAAUAAGGGUGUAAAUAACAGUACAGCAUCAUUAGGAUCGUCGGGAUCGUCGUCGGAAUUGGUUGGAGAAUUACCAAAUUAUUUUACAUGGUGGGGAUUGCUAUUGUGGUCUUUUUCAAUAGCAUUUUUUGGAUUAUUCUUUUCAGUACCAUUACGUAAACAGACUAUAUUAGUUGAGAAAUUGAAAUUUCCAUCUGGCGCUGCAACUGCACAGAUGAUUAAAGUUUUACAUAAUUUAAAAGAUACAGAAGUGCAUUCAGAAAUGUUGGUAAAGGAAAUACAUGGUGGUGGCAGUGGUGCGAUAGAGAAUUUAGGCGAUGGUAUACAGUUGAUUGAGGAUUCACCAAGGGGUCAUUAUCAUGAUGUUGGUGGAGAAGAUGAUGAUUUAUUAACAUAUGAUGAGAAACAAAUAAAGAUUAAAAAGAGUUGGGAUAAGAAAGUUAAGGUGUUGUUUUACUCGUUUUUAGUUUCAUUCAUUUACACAAUGUUAAGUUAUUUCUUCCCAAUUUUAUCAUCGAUACCAAUAUUUGGAAAUUAUGUAAAGAGCACCUUCUUUUGGACAUUGACACCAUCUUUUAGCUAUGUAGGUCAAGGCAUGAUUAUGGGCACAAGAACGGGUGUUUCUACACUACUCGGUGCAAUCAUUGGGUGGGGUAUACUCGGACCAAUUGCAAAGGCUUCCGGGUGGGUGGUAGCGGAUCAGUCGAAAUCAGCCGCAUUGAAUGGUGUGAAGGGGUGGGUGCUUUGGAUAUCUUUGUUCAUCAUGUUGGCCGAAUCGUUGGUGUCAUUGUCGGUGUUGAUCAUUAGGAUGCUGUUGAUAAAGUUUGGCGUGAUAAAGAACCAUAAUGGCAAGUUUAGCGAUGCCCAAUGCGUUGACCCCGCACCACCUUCACAGAGGGUGCCCCAUGCUUGGUGGAUUGCAGGCACUAUCGCUUCGGGUGUAUUAUGUGUGGUCAUCGUUUCACCCUUGUUUGGAAUCAAGGUAUAUGAGACUGUAAUUGCGGUGGUGUUAAGUUUGCUUACAAGUAUAUUGGCAGUACGUGCAUUGGGUGAAACUGACAUUAAUCCAGUUAGUGGUAUUGGUAAAAUCUCUCAAAUUCUAUUCGCAGUCAUUUCACCAAAGAAUAUUUUAGCAAAUUUAGUAGCUGGUGCAAUUGCAGAAGGUGGUUCCCAACAAGCUGGUGAUAUGAUACAAGAUUUAAAAACUGGUCAUUUAAUUAAAGCUUCACCACGUGUACAAUUCUAUGGUCAAUUAAUUGGUUCAUUCUUUUCAAUCAUUUUCGCUGUUGCAGCUUAUCAAUUAUAUUCCCAUGCCUACACUAUACCAUCAGUGGAUGGACUACAGGCACCAACUGCUGCUGUUUGGUUAAAUAUGGCUAAAUUGGUUAAUGGUGGAGAAUUGGCUCAUAAUGUAUUACCAUUUUGUAUUGUAUUGGGUGUAUUGGUAUCAUUAAUUCCAAUUGCUGAAGCAUUUAAUCCAAAUCUUGAAUAUUAUUUACCAAGUGGUAUCGCUUUAGCAAUUGGUUUCUAUCAAACUCCAAAUUAUUCAAUCGUUAGAGCCAUUGGUGCUUUUGUUCAAUGGUAUUGGUUUAGAAAAAAUAGUCAUUCAUUUAGAGAAUAUGGUAUUAUAGUUGCCUCUGGUUUCGUUUUAGGUGAAGGUAUAACUUCAAUUUUUACUGCUAUAAUGACAAUUACUCAUGUACCUCAAUUUAAAUAA